AAAAUACAAGUACGAAUAAUCAACUAUAAGAUGGAUACGCGACCUAGUUUUGAUAAUGUUGAAGUUGAAACUCAUUUACCUCUUUCAUCUUCUUCAACUGAUAAAAAACCUUGGUAUAGAACAGCUUCAGCGUAUUGGUUAUUACCAAUGUUUAUAAUCAUAGCGAUAACUGGUGGAUUAACAGUAGCAACAGGAGUACAACUUUACCUAAAAGCAGUUUGUCAUAAUUAUUAUUCUAAAAAACAUAUCCCCGGAGUUUCUUUUUCGCUUGAACCAAUAAGUCCUGAUAAUUUAUGUAAUAAUCCUGAUGUACAAUCCGUAACUUCUAAAUUUCUUGCGGCUACAAAUCUAUGCACCGCUAUUCCAGCUAUAUUUGUUCUUGGGCCACUUGGAACAUUAUCAGAUAGGAAAGGACGAAAAAGGACUUUAUUAAUAUCAAGCGGAGGGACAAUCCUAAGCACAUUAGUUUUAAUAUUUGUUUCUAACUUUUUAGAAACAUUUGGAAUAUAUUGCUACUUGAUAGGACCAUUAAUUGAUGGAUUAACUGGCGGAUUUUAUGCAUUGUCUGAAGCAAGUUACGCAUACGCAACUGAUUGUACUCAUCCAACAAGAAGGAGCGUGGUAUUUGGAUGGGUACAAGGAGCAAUGUUCGCAGGAUUCGCAGUAGGACCAAUAAUAGGAGCAUGGCUAGUAAAAGUAACAGAUAAUUUACUCUCAGUAAAUUAUGUUAUACUUGUAGUUUAUAUUAUGUUAUUUUUAUUUUAUAUUUUUAUAUUACCUGAAUCUUUAUCAAAAGAAAAAUUAGCAUCAAAUUUAAAACGUCAACAAGAAAUAAGAUCAAGACAAAAAUCAUGGAUCCAUUCUUUUCUUUACAGAAUACUCGGAGCAUUGUUAGUAUUCCGUCCCCCGCAACAACAAAAUGAUGAUGAUAAAAUUCCUAUUACUUUUGCAACCAAAUAUUCAUCAUUAAUGUUGGCAGCUUGUUAUACUUUAUUAUCAGCUUCUAUAAUGGCUUUUACAGGUGUAUUCGUAUUAUAUACAUCAUUAGUAUUUAAAUGGUCAUUAUUACAACAAGGGUAUUUCGUAUUUAUGAUGGGUGCAACAAAAGUGGUUGUUUUAUUUAUUAUAUACCCUGCAAUAGUAAAAUUCAAAAAACCAAUUCUUGCAUUAUUUACAAAAUUCGAAAAACUAAUUAUAAAAGGUAGAAAUAAUAAUAGGCAGAAUGAUAACGGUGACAAUAAUUUUAUUACAGAAACGGAAGAGAAAAGAGGAGAAAGAAUUGUUGUUAAUGAUGAGAAUAUUAACGAUAACAAUGUUAAUGAUAGCAAUGAAUGUAAGGAUGACGAUGAUGAACAAAUGAAAAAAGAAUUAAUUUUCGAAGUCUGGGUUAUUAGAAUAAUAUUUUUAAUUGACACAUUGGCUCAUAUUAUGUAUGGUUUUGCAACAACUGGUUCAGUAUUCACCGGAGCAACUGUAAUAGCAGCAUUAGGUAUAAUAACCACACCAGCAAUAAAAUCAUUACAGACAAAUUUAAUUCCUCCGUCUCAAAUAGGUCGAUUAUUAGGUGCAAUAAGUGUAAUAGAUUCAAUCCUUCGUAUAGUUGUUCCUCCUAUAUUUGAUGGAUUAUAUUCUAUAUUCGUUAAGACUUCCCCACAUUUAAUUUGGUAUUGUAUGUCUGUUUUAUUAAUUUUAGCUUUUCUAUUUGCUUUUGGAAUAGGUCCUAAAAAACAAUAAUUGAGAAAUAGUUAUAUUUUAUUAAAUUAUUCAUGUUCAAUAACUUACUAUUAUGUUUAUGACAAAUUAACAUAUAAAUACUGAUUAAUAAAGAAAUGUGUCUUUGAUAUUUUAUUAUAUUUUAUUUUAU